GCUGUUUGACAUAAGAAUUUGUGAGACACACGUAAAAAUAAUAAAAUUACGCACAAAAAUAAUAUAUUUUCCCGUUAAAAUUCGUGUGCAGUGAUAAUGGAAGGCAUCUCGGAAUCUGUGCAAUUACUAUACCUAUCAUAAAAUCUAUUUACUGAGUGAUGACGUUGAAUGGGGACUAUGUAACCUUAAAAGUGUUAAAAGAAACAAACUCUGCUUUCUCAUUGUUUGAUAAUCAUCGUUAUCUCGGCGGUGCAGUGCGUUGAUAUGUCACAUUUCGGGGAUUUUAUGGACGGUGUGCCCGUUAAAAUAUCAGAAAAGUAUAAACGACCGCUCCGAUUUGAUUUACCUUAUACUGUAAACGAAUGUCCAAUUAGAGCACAGAAUGUCGUGGACAGCGCUAAUUACUCGUGUACGUUCGAGAAGAACGUCCUCGCUAAACUCAAAGAGCUUAGAACUGCAAAAGAGACGAAGAAGAAUGAGAGGCGGCAUCGUCUCCAGCUGCUUCAGGAGGCGGAGCAGAAGCGCCUGGACGCGAUAGCCGCCGCCGAGGACGAGGAGCGUCUCAAGCAGCUCAGCGUGUCCGAGGUGUCCUACCCCAGCACCGACGAGAUCAGCCCGCUCUCGCCCGACGAGAGGGCUGACAAACACUGUGAUAACACUGCUAAAGUAAACACAGAGCAUGUCGAUGCGUCCUCUAACAUUAACUACCCCUCCACUAGCAUCGCCACUGACUCACAGCUGAAUAUACUGCAGCCCAUACAGGUGAAGGCUCAUCACCAAGAGAACAGCCUGCUGGAUGACCCUGACCCAUUGCAGACAUUGAAGUUACACACAAAGAUUACUAGAAUAUCACACAACCCCAACAUAGACACACUAACAUUUAGAGAUUUUGAGAAUGAUACAUCCAGUCCAUUUGAUAAUGUGGAGCUUAAGACUAUAAAUGACAUGGAGCUGCUAGCACAAGUGUUGCAGGAUCAGAAGGAUUCAUCAACAAGCUGUCACCCCCAGCCUAGUUAUGUUCCAGACCCAGGUUACACCAUACCUAACUGUGGAUCCCAACAACUUGUAGAUGGCGUCACAUAUUUACCUGCUACAUAUUUAGAACAGCCACUUCAGAAUACCAAUAUGAUGUAUGGUUCUCCACAACAUUAUCCUGUAUCAAAUGGCUACUAUAUCCCCCCAGAGAAUGAUCCCAACAAUAUGUACAUGCAUAACUAUCAAUAUUAUGUUCCUCCUAACCCAUACACGGGUGUAGAGCAGUAUUAUGGAACUCAGUUGCCGACAACGUCAGGGGAUAUCAGUACUUUGUCAAAUGGUUCUACAUACAUUCCACAGCCCUACUAUUACCAGUACUCUCACGUUCCUGUUCCGUACCAGCCUGCUAAUGCCCCAGAACAAUAUCAAGCAGUUGUGCCCAAUGAGGUCACAGAACAAACACCAGCACCGGCUGGGCCACUACCUACUAUAAAGUCUCGGUCUAGGAGUGUACCCGAUAUAGUUAGAGAACUAAAUGAAGAGUUGGCUAAACUGCGGAUGAGCGAGAGGUCAUAUAAUGCUAGUCCAGCUCCUAAGAACCAAAGUCCUCAGGUAGCAGUGCCAGCUACCAGUGAUAGUAAGAAAGAAGAGAAGAGGACGAGGAGGAAAUCAGAGAAUUUGCCGAAUCCAUUUGAAAAACUGCCACUGAAGUUGCAGGAUAUGUGUAGGAAGAUUCAUGGAAUGGGUUUUCCACUUGACAGGGUAGCUAGGGUAUGUACCCUAGUAGGUGAUAAUGAUAAGAAGGUGAUCGAAAGUCUAUUAAUACUUGGCGACCUCAUGGACCUUGGUUUCCCAGAGGGCAAGGUGUCUGCAGCGUUGGCUAAACACGAAUUUAACAGGGACAAAGCUUUGGACGAGCUCGUACCGUAAGAUAUAACUCCCGAAUAUACGUAAGAAGACUCGAAAAGUCGUAAGAAAAAUGUAUUUUGUUCGAAAUAAUGCAAGGAUAAUUGCUUCGUUAAGUCAGGCUGUGGCUGGCAGAAAAUGGCGGCUAAGCAAAGAUUUGAACAGGAUAAUAUGUGACUACUGACACUACAUAGGUCAUAGAUUUAUGUCGAAUCUUUUAGAGGUUCCAGAGGUUAUGGACCCUUAAAAACGAGGUUGGUUGGAUAUACGCAAGAAGUUUUAAUACUGGUUGGUCAACGUCAGUUAAAAGUGCUUGGACUAUAUGAUGCAUUUGAAUAUUUCGUAGUUUUAUAUAAAUAAAACUCAAAGGUUCUUGCCGUUAUGAAACAUGUUCCUAGCUUGACAGAUUCCAUACUUCAGAAAUAUAUUGGUGGGACUGAUGCAAUUCAUAAAUAACAUCACAAUUCAAUUUAUCAAUAAACUUUGUAUUUUUAAGUUUUAAACAAUAUCUUAUUACUUCACCUAUGCUAAAACUACAAAGACAGGUCGUAUUUGUUAAAUAUAACAGUUUUUAUGAAUAAAAAGUAAGAUUAUGCGAGUCAAUCUAUAAAUAAUUAAUUUGUAGUGUAUUAUUAAACUAAAAAAAAUAUAUAUUACUGUAGUGUUCCAAAUGGUACACGAAUUAAUUAUUGACAACUUUGAAUUGAUGUGUCGUUAAUAUAUUAGAAGCAGUAAAUAACGAAUGAUGAAUAUUCUAUCGACUGGGCUGUUGCUUAGGAUAAAAAUUUCAGAAUAGAACUUUUGAAAUAUUGGGCCAGGAGCAAACGCUGAUCGUGUAGUCACUGUCACUUUUUGCAUUUCCUUACUUAUUCGAAGUUUGUAGUAAAGCGUGUGUUUUAGAUGGUACCUCCGUCUGUGUGUCCUGUGUUUCUACUUUGGAUUAAACACGCAGUACAGAAGUCUGAGAAAGUGGUUUACAAAAGUCGUAAAUGUACGAAGUUUUCGAAUUACCUAUUUGAUCAGAUGGGCUUAGCACUUCUAAGUGAUCGAGAUUGGAUAUAGUUUUGGAAAAUGUUAAGUCUGACUUACACUAACGCUUUUUUAAUUUCGUUAAGACGUUUAUGGAAAAGCUUUGGUGUUGGACGGAACAUGCCGUGGAGGCAAAUUAUUUGUAAAUACAUUUUAGUAGCUUUGGAAUUUUAAAUAUAAUAAAAAAUAUUUUAAAUAACAAUUA